CACCCAGUUGGCUCCAUAGCUGAGUGCGGACUAGAACCCAGAUAUCCUGAGUCCCACUCUGGCACUCUUAACCACUGCACCACACUGGCUCUGUAUGGCACACUACCCUCAGACUAUUGCACUUUUGGACUACAAUUCCCAUUAUCCCUACCUCUUGUGGAUGGCCGCUUUAACAGGUCCCUCGCACAUUGUUCAUCUCCACACCCCUAACCCAUUUCUAACCCUGUAAUAAUAACAUGGAGAUGUAGAACCUGUCGUCUUCCAGAUGUUUUGGACACUUAAUUCGCAUCAUCUCUGACUACUGACUGGGGCUGAACAAAACCUGGAAGGUAAGGGAUUCUCCACUCCUGGCUUUGGAAGUAACUCUCUGAACAGCUGACAUUUCGCAUAGUCCGAAGACGUAUUCCUCCCAAUAGCACCUUGGCCUGAGGAGGUGCAUCAUAAUAUUUAGGACUGUGUUUUAUCCUAACUAAGAAGUUUUUGUGGUGUAUUUGAUUCUGCAUCCCAGUCCUACUCAGUCCCACUUAACACAUUGUCUAGGAUCAGGCUGCUAAUUGCCUUCAAUUAGAAACCAGUGACUUCAACUACCUGCAUUUUAUAAUUAUUACACUGUAUUAUUUCAUUUAUAUCCCGCCUUCCUUCCUCUGGCAAGCAAAGCUGACCGGAUGUUGAGGCCACAAAGCCUGUCAGUUAAGACUACAAAGGACUUUGGAGACUUUUGGUAGACUUCGAGGCUUCAGCAUCAAGCCAGCUUCUACCUUUACUCUGCUAAACGUCCAGCCUGAUGAACACCCUGGAGUUGUAUGCAUUGAUUUUGCCCCCCUCCCCACACACACCGCUGCAUAUAUAACCACAGGCUGAAGAUAGGAGAGGGCUUAUACAAAGCUUUCCUGAUUUUUUAAAAUGCCAUAUUAAGAGUGGAAAGUCUGUGCAGCCAUUAUAAUGUUAGCCACAGUAAAUCAUUUAUUUACUUAGGCAGUGUUUAGUCCACUUUUCAAUCAAUAAAAACCUAGAAUGGUGUUCGAUUAAAAUCCAGGAACACAGAUAAAACCAAACCAAAAUGAGGCCACAGAAGAACACAAUAAAAGCCCAAAGUGGCAUUAAACAGGUACUAAAGUGAAUAUCGUUCAUGACAUGCUUGGCUAAAGAGGGAGGCCAUAAGCAGUGAGCUGUCUGUUCUGCUGCCCCCUAUUGGAUGCUCAGUGACUGCCAAUGAUGAAAAAUGGCAGCCACCACCCUGCUGGAAUGGAGGUCCUGGAUCUUAAAGUGUGUGCAUAGACAGGUACAAGUGUGUGAAUGAAUGGAAGAUGGGAUGGGCUCUAAAUUGAAAAGGGUAGAGAAGAAAGUGGAUGCGUGCAGAUUUAGAGUGUUUCUGCUGUCCACUUUCAUGGAAAUUGUAUGGGAAGGUUGCCCAGCACACUGUCACAAAAAAAUCACAUUUUUGUAUAUGCAAGCUGGUAGCUGCAGCCCAACUUAGGUAUGUCUGGCCAGCUCUUACAGGUGUAGGCAUUCCAUGUGGCCAGGGUCAUGUUUAAAAAAUGCUUGGUGUACACACUGCCCAUCCUUGCACACUAUUGGUAUAUGACAGAUCUGUGGCACAGGUUGAUACACUGUGUGCUGCCAGUGCUGUACCUAUGUGAGUUGGUGCUGAUGAUGUACUGAAACCACAGCGCACAAGGUUGAAGUACUGGGACAUUUUUAUUAGCAGAGAUGCUGACCUUGCAUGCCACAAUUUCUUGUUCUAGUUUAGUUGCAGUUUUUACAGGAACUUGGCGAAAUGAUUGUUAUAACCUAUAAUACAUUGUUCCUGUUUGCAUGCAACUUAGAGAGAGAGUGUAUGUGUAUGUGCGUGUUGGUCUUGAAUGGGCAAUUACUGGUAAACUCCUUCUGAAGGAGCCCUCCUAAGGGAAGUCAGGUCAGUGGCUAUUAAGAAGAGGGACAUUUCUGUUGUAAAUGGAAUGACCUUUCCAGAGAGGUUUGCUUGGCACGGGAUUGUAAUCUUUCCAGUGUCAGGUGAAGAUCUUACUUUCCCAGGAAUUUUAUUCUGUUCUAAACUCUGGAUUGCAUUUUAAACCUUUAUAUUGCUGCCAGGUCUUACUCUUACUCUUUUAUUUUAUACUGUAGUUUUAACUAUUUAAUUUUUAUACAGUAUUUAAUUUUUAAACUAUUUUAAGUUUUUGAGAAUUAUUACUGAACUAGAAAGAUUCCGCUAUUGGGUGGUAUAACAAUGUCAUAAAUAAGUGGCAUUUCUAGUGUAAAAUAUUUUUAUCCCACCUGACUAUCCAUGGUUAAGGCUGUGCACUAUACAGCAUAUAGUGUACAAUGCUAUGGGCAUGAAAGAAGAAUAGUUCUAAGCUGCAAUUUUAUACAUGUUUACUUGUGAGUGAGCCCACAAAAUGCAAUGGGUCUGUCUUCUGGGUAAACAUGCAUCCUAUUGUGUAGUAAGCCUCCUUGAUUUCAGAGGGUGAGAUAUAAAUACAUGUCUAAUGUUCCUACUGAAAUCGGUGAAACCUAAGUACUUUUAACUUUGCUGAAUCAUGCACUGUUCAAAUAGAAAUUGUGCAUAGUAUUCUAAAAAAUUAUGAAUAAUAACCAGAGAAUGACACUUACAUUGUCUCUGAAUGAGUAUAAUGGUGGCAAGAGGGUCAUAAACCUGUGACAAAGUCAUGUUUACCUCAGUGCCUCAUAUUUACUCUGUGCCUCAUAAAAUUAUGAGUCCCUGGUGAGACUCUAUCCCAGUGCAGAUGCUUUUGCCCAGGCAGUUUUGUGACAGGAGCUUGUGUUCUCGACAGCUGUUGGCGUCUUUCAAUGGCACCGUCCCAUCUGCCACUCGGCACUCCCUCCGCCGGUGCCAAAGCUGCUCAGACAGAGGUGCUUUUGACUCCUUUUGGGACUCGGUGGUUGGGUCCUGACUUUAUUAUGUGCCAUGUUGUCCCCUCCGGCGGUGGUUCUGCACCCCUACAGCCUGCCUGUGUAUCCUCCAGCACCCCAGUGUUACUCCGGGCUGGUUCAGGGUAGCGCUGAUGCCACUGUGCCGCCAGCAGAUGCCAUGACACAGACGUUCCCAGCCCAGUACCCUCCACCGCCACCUCAGGCCCGCCUGCCUCCACAGUACCACCUGCACAGCACCCCUUCGGAGUACCCGUCCCCAACAGCACCGGAUCACAGCCUGCGCAUCUUCCCUGAGCAGGGGACAGCUGUGCCUGAAUCCCUGCCACUGCCCCCACCUCCUGCGCCAGAAGACGUCCCUGCCCCAGAGCUGUCUCCUGAAGCAGAAGAAGCAGAAAACAGUGAGAACAAGGCCCAACCCAAACGCCUCCAUGUGUCUAACAUCCCCUUCCGCUUCCGGGACCCAGACCUGCGGCAGAUGUUUGGGCAAUUUGGGAAAAUCCUAGAUGUGGAGAUCAUCUUCAAUGAGCGUGGCUCUAAGGGCUUUGGCUUUGUCACAUUUGAAAACAGUCAGGAUGCUGACCGGGCACGGGAGAAGCUUAAUAGCAGCAUUGUGGAAGGGAGGAAAAUUGAGGUCAACAACGCCACUGCACGCUUAGUCACCAAGAAGCCCCCAGCAGCAGCUGUGGUGAAUGGUUGGAAGAUCAAUCCAGUUGUUGGGGCUGUCUAUGCUCCUGACCUGUACACAGUGGCAAGCAUCCCUUACCCAAUGAUGGCACCAGCUGCCCUGGCAUAUCGUGGGGCUCUGCGAGGACGUGGCCGAGCCGCAAUCUAUAACCCCAUUCGAGCAGCACCCGCCCCCUCUCCAGUUCCAGCCUAUGGCAGCGUGCUCUAUCCAGAUGGUCUGUAUGGUUCUGACCUCUACGGUUAUCCUGCAGCUUACAGAGUGGCCCAGACUCCGGCAGCAGCUGCAGCAACAGCAGCAGCAGCUUACAGUGAUGGGUAUGGACGGGUCUACACGACUGCCGAGCCCUAUCACCAUGCAGUAACCCCCGCCUAUGGAGUCGGUGCUAUGGCCAGCCUGUACCGAGGAGGAUGCAACCGCUUCACUCCAUACUGAGGGACCAAGCAUUGGUGCUGAGCAACUUAGAGGUGCCUGUGAGCUGAUGGCGCAGAUGGUGGGACCUGGCACUGAGAACUCUGUGUGUGUGAGAAAGAGAGAAAGGAAGAGAGAAUGAGAGAGAGAGAGGGAGAGAGCGAAGGCAGGCAGUUAGGAACUUGGUGCUGAUACCUCGCAACCAAUACCACACUUAACACUGGAGAUAGCUUAGGAGUUUCCCGUGGCCCCUGUGGACAGCUCUGGAAUGUCCCAUGGCUCCCAUAACACCCUUCAGCAUGACUCAGAAUUCUGGCCUCUCCUGUGUUUUGCUGUCAGGCCAGGCCAGUGGUUGGAUCAAAUUCAGGUGCAGGACAAACUGAAAACAUUUAAUCACCACUAGAUUACAGGCAUUGGGAUCACCAAAAUUACUGGAUUAAAGAGAAAGUAUGAUGUGGGAGAUGGAGUUGGCGGCCUGUCAAAGUGCUUUCCUUCAACAGUAACCCUACAAUUCUCUGUGUUCUACAGCAAUGAUAGGGAGGCUCCUUAUCUUCUUUGCAUCCUUCUUACAAAAUUUUGAUCCUGUUUCCAAGUUGUGUAAUACUUACAUCAUCCUAUGAAGGAACUUUGGAAGAAGUUAACCAAGGGAGUAGGGCCUUUAAAGGAGAAUGCACAAAAUGACAGGUUUUAUACCAGUCUUUCCCAAGUUGAUCCUCUCCCAAGGUGUAGGCUGGGGAUGCUGGGAGUUGUGACCCAGCACAUCUGGAGGGCAUUAAGUUGGGGGAGGCUGUUGUAGUCUUGAUUGGUUUUAGCUGACAUUGUUCUAAUGCACACAAUUUCAAAUUUGUUUCUGAAUUUGGACCCGCCUGCACCAGAAGCUGAUGCUUGUGCUAGCUUCCCCAAGGAAUUCUGGGAAUUGUAAAUGUCCAGGAUUCUCAAUUCUGAGUUCCCAACAAUCAUGCACAUGCAACAGCACCCAGGGUUUCCCGGGGGAAGCACGGCUGCUUCCCCCUUUGAUGUCUUUGUGCUAUAGGCAUGCUACAUACCAAGAGUGGGAAGCCUGUGUUCUUCCAGCUGUUACUGGGCUGCAGCUGCCACCAUCUCCAGCCAUGGGCUGUGCUGGCCAGGGCUGGUGGGAGCUGGAAUUCAACCACAAGGAGGGGCCACAGGCUCCUCACCUCUGCCAUUUGGGUUAGUUCCUAUUCGGACUGAUCCGUGGCUCUCUCUGGAAUGCUUCCCUUCUCUCAUCCCCUGUCCUUCCUUCUCUUUGAUUGCUCUUGUAUGUUAUCCUCCUUCAUGCUACGCUCCCACUUUACUCCUUUCUGUGCGCUCUCCUGCAUUUCAGAUCUGCUUUGGGUAUCAGCUCAGCAUUGGCAGUGGUUGAAGCAAGGUCUUCUAUUUUUCUGUGAAAACUUUCAGGAUGUUUUUUUAAUUAUUAUUUUAAAGUCUGGGGGAAAUCAUAGUAUUUUGUUUACAAAUGUUAUUUCCCUGCUUUUAAUUUUAUUAUGGAGAAAUGUAAGCACAUUUCAGGGUUUUCCCCCCACUUCCGAAUAGCUGUGAUGCAGAGAAACGGCUUUGUCUGCAGGGAUAGCAGGGUUCUUCCUUGCAUCAAGAAAGGGCAAACACAUCUAGGGGGUCAGUUACAUGUGCUGCUGUUUAAACAAGCAGAUGCUGUUUUGCAUCUCUCUCCUAUGCAAGUCAUCUUGUGCAAGGGUUUUGCACAUCUGUGCAAAGAGAAGCAAAUGUGUUUACACACACACAGAGAGAGAGAGAGAGAGAGAGAGAGAGAGAGAGAGAGAGUGUUCUGGGUUUCACCCAAUGUUACUUCACGCGUUAAGCAUGCUUUACAGUAUCAUAGCUAAAGAAACUCCCAAACAUCAAGCAUUAAACAUUGUCAGAAACAGUAACACAGUUGAGCAUUUGUAGACCCUUUGAUAAUGAUCACUUCACAUUCUCUUAUUCAAAUCCAUUGGACUUUAUAAAUGCCUAUUUUGGCACAGAUUCUUCCUUAUAAGCUUUAAUAUUGUUAUUUUCUGUGGAAUGGUUCUAGCUGGAAAAUUGAACGAACAAUGCAUUCUUAGGCAUGUUUACUUAGAAGUAAGUCCAAUUGAAUUCAGUAGGACUUAUUCUGAGGUUAGUGUGUAUAGGAGUGCAGUAUGCUUAUGUGCAUAUGUAUAUUCACAUAUUCUGUAUGUGAUUUAUGAUAUAUGUCAUAUACAGAAACAAUCUACAAAUCAGUAAACUUGGGACUUUUUUGAAUACUCAGAUGUUGCUGUACAUGUAGAUUGUCCCCAGGAAGGAAAUGGGUAUUAAUGCAUAUGUCACAAUGCAUGAACCUAAAGGGUUGAAGGGUGAGCGUUUUUAGGCAAUUAAUGAAACCACAAAACUCACCCUCCACCCCAACUGGAAUACAUCUAACCACAGCUUUCAUUUCCCCCUGAAAGCUGCUGAUCCCAAAGCAGAAGCCGUUUCUUUUCCUAGCAGUUUGCUUCACGUGUAUUUCUGGGCUUUAGUGUCUUUGGCAGUGUCUGCUCAGUCACGAUGCAAUAUCUCAGGGAAACCCUUCUAAAUGGAUGCUUGUUCUUCUUUUCACCGUUUCCUUGUUACUAUAAUAAAAUUCUAAUUCUGGCUAA